AUGAAUGAUGAAAUCGAAAUAUACAUAAAAAAUAAAAUUAUAGACAUGCUAAAUAUUCAUGAUCAUGUUUUAGAAGAGUGUUUAAAUGAUAUAAAGAAUAAGAAUAAUUUUAAAUAUUUCCUUUCAUCUUCUCCCAUAAAUACCACCCUUUUUUUUGUCUUACAUAAAUAUACACACGAAGAAUAUGAGAUAGACAAAGAAUUAAAUAUUAAAGAUGAAGACAACACAAAAAAUAUCGACACACAAAAUGAAAAAGUUCAAAAUAAAAAAGAUAACCACCAUGAAGAUCCUGUGAAUGAUAUAAAGUUGGAUAAUAAAAAAGAGGAAGAACAAAAUAUAAAAAAUAACUUACUAGAAGAAAAUUAUAUAACAUACACAAAGCAUACAAAUAAAAGUAAUCAUAUAUCAAAUGAGCAUAUGAAAGAAGAAAAAGAAGAAGAAAGUAGCACAUUAAACAUUCAUAUCAAUAAUAAUGAUGAUAAAGAUGAAUUAAAAAAUAAGAAAAAAGAAAUCAAAUAUAUAUUAAAAAUGAGCAUCAAUAAUGCAUAUAUAGACGAAUGUAUAGGAGAAGAAAAUCAAAUAUAUAAUAACAACAUUGAUCAUAUUGAAAAAAAAAAAAAAAAUAUAAAUAUAUAUAAACAAGUCAUAUACUUUUUAAAAAUUAAUGAUAAAAAUAUUAACAAUAUAAAUAUAGAAGAAUAUUUUAAUAAGACUUACACCUUUGGAAAUCUUCAUCCUAAUUAUAUCAACAAUUUUAAAACAUUCUUCAAAAUAUUUUUUAUUCCAUUUUUUCAAUGUUUAUUAAAAAAAAACAACUCACUUGAAUAUUUCACAAAUGAUAUUGAACAAAAUGAAAAAAUUGAAAAUAUUUUAAUGAAACUAAAAAAUCUAAAACAAAAGGAAGACCUCAAUAGUAAUUAUUAUGAGGAAUAUCAAAAUAAAUAUUUAAAUUUUAUUGAAAAAAGUAAAUAUUCAGGUAGACAAUAUGAUCAAAUAAAACAUAACACUCAUCAAAAUGAAUUGUUCCUAUCACACGAAGAAAACACCAUUCAAAAUAUACAUAUAAUUCAAUAUAAUAAUAAUAUAAAUAUAGGUACAAAUAAAAACAUAGAUAUAUAUAAUAAAGAAAUUACUUAUUAUCAAUAUGAUAAAAUACAUCCAAUUAAUGAUCUUACUAGUUAUAAUAAAAAGUAUCUGUUAAACUCCUUUUUCUAUUUAUUAAACUAUUACAAACAAAUAAUAAAACUAGAACAAUUUUCAAAUAAUGAAAUUGUAGGAGAUAUAAUAAAACUUAAAGAUGAUCAAGUUAACAUUGAUAAAUAUCUAAAAAAUAUCUGUCAAAUAAUUAAAGAGUUUCUAUUAAAAGAAAAGAAAAAUGAUAAAAAAAGAAAAAACGAUAAAACAAGAGUUGAAUAUUGGAAAGAAAGAUAUCAUCGUAUUUUUAAUGUUCAUGAACAAAUUAAUAGUAAAAAAUUCGAACAAAUCUUAGAUAACCUUAAAGGCAAAACAUAUAAUAAAGAAUUAUGUAAUGAAAUAAAAUUAAUACUUAUAGAUAUAGAUAAUAUACAUAUGGAAUCUUUUGAAAUGAUAAAAUUUAGUAAAUUAUUAGAUACAUCAUUUGAAAAAUUAAAACAUAUACAUAUAGAUCAUAUGAAAAAUGGAAUUAAAUUAGUUAUAAAAAAAAUUAAAAAUAUAUGGUUAAGUUCUAAAUAUUUUCGUAAAGAAGAUAUUAUUAUUUCAUUCUUUCUAAGAUUAUCAAAUAUUAUAUUUGAUUUAAUAUUAUAUUUUUCUAUUAAAGUUAAAAAAUUAAAUAAACCCAAAAAAAUUAAAAAAGUUAUUUCAAAAUGUAUAGAUAUCUUAAAAUUCUAUGAAAAAGAAUUUAUAUAUGUUAAAUUAGAUAUAGAAAUUAUAGAUAUAAGAAAAAAUUGGUAUUUUGAUAAAUAUAUCAUCUUCAAAAAUAUUAGACAUCUACAACAUAUUCUAGCCACUUUAUAUACUGUCUAUUCAGAAAUUAUAUAUUUCACAGAUCUAUGUUUAUUAAAAUUAAAAAAACUAGUAAAUAAUAAAAAAAUUAUGAAUAAUAUUAUUAUAGAAAUAAAUAAAUUAUAUCAUCCUUUUAGUGAUCUAUUAAAAAAUAUUUACCUUUAUGAUGAUGAACGUAUUAUGAUAUUAAUGAAAAAAUUAAAUGAACAAUGUUUAAAAAUUGAACAAAAAUGUAUCAAAAUUAUAUAUAUUCAAUUUUCUAAUUUGAGAAAUACAACCUGUACAUAUUUAUUAGUCGAAAAGUUUCAAAACCUAAAAAAGAGUUAUAAAAUAGAUAGACUAUUAAUCAAAAAGUUGUAUGAUAUCUUGUUUUUAUAUAAAAAAGAAUUAUAUCAUUAUAUGAAUCUAUUCAACAAUAUGGAAAAUACAAAAGACAUAAAUAAUAAAAUUAAAAGUUCAGAUAAUAUAAAAAAUCUUAAUCAUACAAAAGAUAUAAAUAAUAAUUCUAAUAUUCAAAAUAGUUAUAAUAAUAUUCAUUAUUAUGAAAAGGGAUAUGAUAAUAUAUAUAAAAAAAUUCUUUUUUGUCUUAAUAUAUACAAAAAAAUAAAAAAACCAAUUCUAAUAUUUAAAACAAAUACAUAUAUUACAUCAUCAAAUGAAUAUAAAAUUAUAAUAAAAUUAUAUGUUAAUUUUUGUAAAAAAAUGUUUUCAUAUAUAGUAGAAAAUUAUUUUAUGUGGAAAAAUAAUUCACUCUCACAAAUGAAUAAAAUUUUAUCAUCAAAUAUAAUAAGCAUAAAUAAACAAUUGAAUUUUUAUUAUAUAAUUAAUUUUAAUCCCAAUUUUUUUAAAACAUUAUAUGAAUAUAUAUAUAUAGAAUCCAUAUAUGAUUUUAAUACACCUAUAGAAAUAUUAAAUAUAUAUUAUUUUAAAAAAAAGUUAUAUAGAUAUUUAUAUGAAUUAAAUGAAAUCUUAUUAUUUUAUAAAAAUUUUACAAAAAAUACAUCCAUAAUUCAACAAAAAGUUUUGAUAAAAUACUUUCAAUGUUUUGAGCAAAAAUUAAUUUAUAUUUCAAAUAAUAUUAACUGGUUAAAUCUAAAUAUUGAUCAUUAUAUAAAUGAUUUAAAUAAUUGUAAAAGUGUUAUAGAAAAUGUACAUUUGUCAUUAUCAUAUUCAUUAAAUAGUAUAGACAAAAUUAUAUUUAAUAUGCAAAAUAUUAAUGUAGUUAAAUAUAUUGAUUGGAAUUGUAUGAAACCAUUACAUAUACAACCAUUUUUUAAUUAUUUUGAAGAAUAUAGAAUAAAUCAAGUUACAAAAAUUAUUGAAAAAUAUAGAGAAAUAUCACAUAUACUUAUAAAAAUUGAACAAAUUAUAGAAAAGACAAAAAAUGGUAGAAGUGAUAUUAUGGAUGAAUUAUAUUAUUUAUAUCAAUGUAAAAUAUAUAAAUCAUUAAGUCUAAUUAUUAUAAAAGGAUUAUGUACUUAUGAAACAUUAAUUGAAAAUGAUUUCCAAAAAAUCAAAUUCUUAUAUAAUCAUUAUAAACCAUCAUUAUAUAUAAAAGAAGAUAUAUAUUCUGAUGUAUUCUUAAAUAAUUCUAUACAAAAUAUAUUUAAAUUAAUAUCCAAAUUAUUAACAAAUUUAUUAUUAUCAUCAUCAGAAUUUAUUAGAUGGCUAGAUUUCUCAUGUAUUGAAGUUCCUAUCUCAUUAAAAGAAGAUUUUGAUGUUUUUAAAAUGAAAUUCUCAUUUUAUCAAAGUGUUAGUAAAAAUAAAAUUAUAAUUGAUAGAAUAAUUCAUAUUCAUCAAUUAAUACAAAAUGUAUUCCAAAAAGCAAAUAAAUAUAUUUAUAGCUUCUUAAAAUAUGAUAAUAUUAUUAAUACUAUUAUUAAAACACAAUCCAAUUUUAAUAUAAACCAAAAACAUAAUACAUAUCCUUUAAUUUAUUAUGAUAAUAUACUAAAAACUAUUACAAACAUACAAAAUAAAAUACAUAAAGAAAAUGACAAAAAAAAUAUACAAUUUAUAUCACUUAAUAUUUCAUUUGUUCUUAAUUCAAUCAAAACUAAAUUACAUCAUUCAAAGAAAUUCUUUUUCAACAGUCUACAUUUUAUAUUUACAACACUUAAAUGUUCUACCUUGAGUGAAAUAACAAAAUAUAGUGCCAUCCUCAAAACAUCUUCCAAUUCAAUGGACAAAUAUGAAAACAUCAUAAAAACUAUUAACACAAUAAAAUCAGAAAACAUUAAUAUAGAAAUAAAUAUUCAAAAAACAGAAGAAAUUUAUAACAUUUUAACAAUAUAUCAAGAUAAUAAUAUAAAAGAUGAACAGAAAGAUAAAUUAUUUUCUUUAUAUCCAUUAUAUUUAAAUAUGCUCAAUUUGGCCUUCUAUAACGAUAACUUAAUGUUUGCUAUAAAACAAGAAUUUUACAAAAACACAAAGGAAAAGAUCAUCCUAUUUGAAGAAAAAGUGAAAAAUAUUUUAGAAAUGUUCCAUUCAUCUGGACCAUCAUCACAAAAUAUAGAUUUAAAUGAAGGAAUGGAAAGCCUUAAAAAAUACAUGAACAACUUUAAAGAACUAGAAAUUGAAAAGGAGGAAAUUAUAAAAGCUCAAAUUUUAUGUAACAUGAAAAUAUUACUUUUCGAAAAUUUUUAUUUAUUAAAAAAUACUAUCAAAAUAUAUAGUUCCAUUUAUUCAAUAUACAACUCUUAUAAUACACGAAUUAACGAUUUUCUUGACGUUAUAUAUUACAAGCUUAAUAUAAAAGAAAUAAAUAAAUCCCUUUCGGAAGUAAAAAAUGAGUUGACACAAUUACAGAAAAAUCAAGAAGAAGCAAAAAAUAUAUUGGCAUUUAAAAAAAUUAAAGAAGAAUUAUUCAAAAUGAACAUCAUAUUAACAAUUGUGUUUUUGUUACAAAAUACUAAUAUGAAAUUAUCAAAUUGGAAAGAAAUUAUUAAUCUUCAUUUAAAUAGAAAACAAAUAAAAAAUAAAACCAUAUUAGAAAAUACAAUCAUAAUUAAUGAUAAAACUAUAAAUAUUAAAUCUAUAACAUUAUAUGAUAUGCAACAAUUGCAAAUAUACCUAUAUUUUAACGACAUCAAAUAUAUCAUAUACAAAAUUAAGGAAGUGGAAAAGCUUGAAAAAAAUCUUAAUGAUAUUGAAAAUAAUUGGAAACAAGAAUCGUUGAAAAUAAAAAAAUAUAAUGAUUACAUACUCCUUGAAGAUAAUAAACAUAUUUUCAUAAAUAUUAAAAAUACCUUUAAUGAUUUGCAUUUUAUGAGAAAUAUACGCUUCGCUCAAGAUCUAAUACCAAAAAUAAAUUAUAUACAAAAUAAGCUCCUUUUUAUAUAUGAACUCUUAACAUUAUGGAUCAACACACAAGAUAUUUGGCUUCGCUUGGAAAAUUUUUUCCAAAAUGAACAUUUUAACCACUUCAACAAUGAAUUAAAAAAUUUCAACAAAAUAAACAAAACAUAUAUAGAAAUAAUGAAAAAUGUAAAAAAAAAUUUGAAUUUAUUUCAAAACUGUAACACUCACUUCUUCUAUCUUUUAAAAAAUUAUAAUGAGCGCUUAUUAUUUUUAUAUAAUGAAACUAUAAUUAUUCUACAAGACAAAAAAUUUACAUUCCCAGACUUUUUUUUUUUGACUGAUCAAGAAUUGUUUGAUCUUUUAUCUAAUAGUGACACAGACACGUUAAAAAAAUAUUGCCAUAUAAUUUACCAAGACCUUUUAACCUUUAACGAUAUAGAUAAAACAAUAAUUGAAGUUGUUACAACAAAAAAUAAUAACUUCAAUUUAAAAAAUGGCAUUAAAAUAAUUGGAAUCGACACAUAUUUUAUGUUAAAAGAAAUGAUAAAAAGUUCUUUGAAAGAAAAUAUAACGACAAGUCUGAAAAAUUAUUACAACAAAAGCAACAUUUUAAACAUAAUUAUUAAUGACAUAUCCAUAGUCUCAUGUGUCGUGAUAAAAGUCAUAUUAACAGAGGAAGUUAAAGAAAUAAUGAAAAGAAAAAAUCUUGAAUAUACACAAAGUGUGCUAAAUAAAUAUAAGGACAUGUCGGACAAAUUAAUUGAUGACCUAAAAAAUAUAAAAGGGAAAGAUAUACAAAAGAUAGAAUAUUGUAUCAUAAUAUUUUUAGAAUUUAUAGAAUUUCUAAAAAAAAUUAUCCAAGAAAAUAUACUCGAUGAAAAUCAUUUUUUCAUUUAUUAUCAAUUCAAAUAUGUUCUAAAUAAAAAUAAGGAAGAAAUGCUAGUAACAUACGGAAAUUAUACCUUCAAAUAUAAUUAUGAUAUAUUAGAAAAUGAUAAUAUGUUUAUAAAUUUAAUACCAAACAAUAAAUAUAUAUUCAUUAUAUGCUCAAAUAUAUACAAGUCUUACUAUAACAUGAUUAACGGAGAAAACAAAAAAUCAACUAUAAAAUAUAUAACUUCAUCAUUAGGGUUAAGAACGCAUUAUAUUAAUGCACAUACAAAUGACAUACUACAAAAUAAUAUAUUGGGAACUAUUCAACAAGGUUAUGCCUUAGUUAUACAAAAUGUUGAUGAUUUCAAUAUUGAGACCUUAUCAGUUUUAACAAAUAUUUUUAGAACAAUACAGACAUGCUUAAAAAAAAAGGAAAAAAACAUUUAUAUUUUUAAUAAAGAUAUCAUAUUUGAUCAUAGCUCCGUAAUAUUUUUCACAUACAAAUCUGGAAGAAAUAUUCCAAUAAAUUUUAAAAACAUGUGUAAAGAAGUACUCUUAAAUAAUUAUCAAGAAAUAGAACUCCUAUAUAUAUAUAUGUAUUUAAAUAAUUUUAGAAAUAUUAAAAGUCUUUCUAUAACACUAUGGAAUUUUAUGGAGUAUAUAAAUUUUACUUUCUUCAAUUCCAAAAAUAAUAUGUUAAUGGAUUCAAUUAAUAUAAUAAAAUUAUGUAAAAUAAAAAAAGACGAAUAUACAAAAGAUGAUCAAAUAUUAGCUCAAUAUAUAUUUAUUUAUUAUUACAAUAAAUUGGAGAAUGAUAAACCCAACAAAUUAAAGAGUUUAAUAAAAACAUUUUUCAAUAUAGAAAUUAAUAAAAGAUUAUUCAUGGAGGAUCAAACAAAUCGUUUAAAGGAGGCGUUGCAAAAAGAAUAUAUAUAUUUAAAAGAUGAUUUAUUUUAUAAAUAUCAAGAAGAUAUGUAUAUAUUAAAUGAAAAAUUAAAUAAUGAUUUUAUUUCAAUAUUAUAUGGAAAUCCAUUCAUAGGGAAGUCAACCAUGUUAAGAAUAUAUAACACUCUAUAUAAUUUUAAGCACACAUUUAUAUAUUUAGACGCCCUAUAUGAUUCACAAAAUAACUUGAACGAACAAUUUUUAUAUGAACUCAUUAAAAAGAAAAAAGAAAAAUAUGAAACCUACAAUUUUAUUAUAAAAGUAAAUAGUAUUAAUUCAAAUAUAUAUCACUUAUUGUCUUCUAUUAAUUUAUAUUCAUCAAAAAUAAAGAAAUGUGAUGAGGAUGAUAUAAAGUGUAAAAUUAUAAUUGAGUGUAAUAAUAUAUCCUGUAUGGAUCCUUAUAUGCUUAAUAAAACGAAUAAAGUCUAUAUACAAGACAAUAUAAACAUUUACAAUUAUUUUAAAAACAGGAGUUAUUAUAUAUUAGACUACAUACUAAAUGUGAACCUGUCUGAUGAAAAAAAUGUAGAAGAUAAUAAAAAUUGUAUUAAUUAUAAAAAUUAUUAUCUAGAGAGAAAAAAUAUACUUCUUCAAAUAUAUGAAGAGCUUAAAGUAUUCUACAAAAAAUUUAUGAUACCAAUUUUUGAUUAUAUAGAUAAAAAGAAAAAAAAAAAAAAAUCAUACAUAUAUACACAAAAUAAUAAUAAUAAUAAUAUUAGUAAUAGUAGUAUUAGUAUUAAUAAUUUUUAUCAAUAUAGUAAUAUAUAUAAUAAUGAUGAUGAUGAAAGAAAAAAACAAAAUGUGAAUCCAAAAGAUAAUCAAAUAAUAUUCAAUUCAUCAAUUCUACAACUUACCUUUGAUAAUAAAAUUAUCAUAAAUAAUUUCAUAGAUAUAUUUAAAAGUAAUAUAUUGUACUUUUUAAAAUAUAAAGACGAACAAUAUGAAGAAACAGAAAAAAAUAAAAAUAUAAAUAAUAUAAAAGAAUUUGAGAAUAAUAAAUUAAGUUACCAAUAUAUUAAUGAUAAUGAUCAUACACAACAAGAAUAUGAUUUAGAAAAUCUAGACAAAAAUUAUAUAGAAAAUAUUUGUAUAAUUCAAGCAGAUCAAGAAAAUAAUAAAAAAGUAGAAUUAUAUAAUAAACAGGAAAUAUACAAAAUAAUUAUAAUUAAAGAAAACAUAAUUUUUAUAUUAAUCAGUUGUCUUAUUUUCCUUUUUAAUAAUUUCUUAAAUGAUAAUGAAAAAUAUAAUUUCUUUCAUUUCCUAACAAAUCUAUGUAUAGAUAAUAAUAUUAAUGUUGAUAAUAAUAUAUCAAAUAAAUAUUAUAAUAUACAAAAGGGAAUAUGGAUUAAUAUAAGUAGCUACUUCAACAUAUCUACUACUAACCAAUUUAAUAAAGAAAACUUAAUAUUUUACGACGAAGAAAUAAAGAAAAAAAUUAAUUCAAUCAGCUUAUUAUAUCAAGGAGAAUGUAAUAUAUGUUUAAUAGGAAAGACAAAAAAUUGUAAGACUGUUAUUCUUAACGAAAUAAUUGAGAAAAAUAAAAAAAUUAAUCACAUAUCAAUAAAUGUUUUAAAAUAUACAAAUGUUUUGAAUUAUAAAAUUUUACAUGAUAAAUUAAUCAAAAAAAAUAUUAAAAAGUAUUUUCAUCAAUCGUUGCUAUAUAUAUGUAUAGACGACAUACACAUAAAUUAUGAUAAACAACUCAACCCUUCUAUAGAGUUUCUUCAAAAUCUUCAAAGAAAUUUAUGCUACUUCGAAAAUAAAAUUCUUAAUAUAGAAAAUAUAAGAAGCAUUAUUUCGUUAGACUAUGAUCAUAUAAAUGAACAUGAUUAUUAUGAAUACAUGUCAUAUUAUUAUUCCCUUAUAUUCUUAAAUACAAAUAGAAAAUCUCUACUUUCUUAUUUCAAUGCAUUGAUUAAUCAUACACUUAACAAUAAAUAUGAAAUAAUACAUAAUAAACUAGUUAAUUAUAGCAUAGAUGUAUUCUGGAAGAUACACGAAGAAAUUAACUUUCAAAACAAAAAAGAAAAUCACUUAAUAUUUACUAAAGAAAAUAUUUUCUUGCUAUAUGAAGAUUUAUUAUAUUGUAAAACUAACUAUAUGAAUGAGCAGGAUGUCAUAACAAACUGGUGCGAAGCUUCUAAAAAUAUUAUUUUAAAUAGGAUCCUAAGAAAGGAGAAUAAAAAGCAAAUAAUGAUAUUACUCAAAGAUAUUCAAGAGAAAUAUUUUACAAAUAUAGAAAAGAAUAAUGAAUCAAUAUAUAUAAAUUAUUUUUCCAAAGAGACAUAUGAACAUGUAGAGAGAAAUGCACUUAAAGAGGAAUUUUUAAGAAGUCUUAGCAGUUAUCAAAAUUUGUAUAUGAACACAAAUUUAUUUGUUGAAUUUUAUUUUGAAACCAUUAUAGAAAUAUAUAAAAAAAUAAGUAAGAAUUACAAAACGUCGAUGAUCAUCUGUAUGAAUAAAAAAAGAGCUGUCAUUCUAUUAAGUGCUGUAGCAUAUAUAUUAAAUAUAAAUACAAUAUUAGUAAAUAAAACAAGUAUACAAGAAAAUGUACAAGAUAAAAUUAAUUAUUAUAAUAGAUUGAGGUUUCAAAAAAAUCUUUUUAUUCUAAUUAAUUUUACAAAUAAAUAUUAUGAUUAUUUCUAUUCAUUAAUUUAUAAAACAUUCCCAUCUAUCCUCUUUGAAAAAAAAGAGCUCUUUCAAAUGUACACAAAAACUGGUCUCAUAUCAAACGAGCUGAAAUGGGAAAAUAUAAAAACAAUAAUGAAAAAUAAUACCUAUGCUUGUCUCAUACAUGAGAAACGAUUCGAUUUAAAUACCUCCAAUUUUCAAAUCUACAAAAAUAUUUAUAACGACAUUCAUAUUAUCCAUAUAGACAGCUGGAAUAAAGAAGAAUAUAUAAAAUACUGCAAUCUCUUCUUGAAAAAUAUACACGACAAUCAUUUUAUAGAUAACAUAUUAAACACUUUUAAAAAAAAAGUUAUACUCAACACAUUAGAAGAUGACAGUGAACACAAUACAAAACCUUUAUCGACAAAAAAAAAAGAGAAUAAGGAAAAAACCAAAACUAUAUUUAUCAAUUCGGUUGACUAUAUGAAAAAUAAAAACGACGAUAUAAAAGAAAAGGUAGAUAUAAAAGAAAAGGUAAAUAUAAAAGAAAAGGUAGAUAUAAAAAAAAACGUAGAUGUAAAAGAAAAUGUAGAUAUAAAAAAAAACGUAGAUAUAAAAGACAACAUAGAAUAUAUAGAUCAAAAAAAUAAUAAUAUAAAAACUGAAAAAAUUAAAGAUCUCAAAUUAAAUCUACAAAAUAAAGAAAAUAAUAAUAUACAAGAUACACAAAAUAAUAUACACAAUAAUAAUAAUAACGUCAAUAAUUAUGCUGUUCAUAUAAAACAAAACACUCAUAAUAAUUUAAUUCUUACAAAUAAAAGAACAGAUAACGAACAAAAUAAAAAUAGCCAAGAAAAAUCUGAACAAACACAAAAUGGUAUUCACAAUAAAAAAAAAACGAAAAAACAAACACAAAAACAAACACAAAUACAUAUGCAAAUACCAACACAAAAACAAACAAAUACACAAAAAGUAUUUUCUCAAAAUAAAAAUGCAAAAGAAAAUGCAUCCAUUCCAGAAAAUCAUAACAACCAUGGACAACAACAUAAAGCAAUUCAUGAUACACAUAAUGAUAAAGAGAAGAAGAAAAAAAUUAUAAAUACAAAUAAUAAUGAUAAAAAUGAAUUAGGUGAUACAAAUAAUAAAGACAAUUCAAAUAAGACAACAAAAAAUUUAAACCAUAAUAAAAUACAAAAAAAAAAUCAUACCAAUCAAAAUAUCAAAAAUAUAAAAAAGGAAAACGAUAUGAUACAAGAAAAAAAUAAAAAAAUAAAGAAAAUUCAAAUGAAAGAAAACAUAAAUAUAAAUGAACAAAAUGCAAAUCAUACUAAACAAAAAAUAGCUAAUCAAAAUAAUAAAUCAAAAGUAAAAAAAAAAAAAAUAAUCAAUAUAAAAAAGGAUAAUAAAAAUGACAAGUAUAAUAUUAUCAUGUCAACUAGCCAUGAUGAAAAUAAUAAUAAAAAAAAUGUACAAAAUGAAGAUCAAUUUAUAAAUAAAGAAUUAGAAAAUAACAAAAAAAAUAAUAAACAAAUAACUUGUGAAAUACAAAAUAAAUUACAUAAUAUAAAUAAUGAACAAGAUACAAAAGAAGUUUCAUUGAAUAAAAUAAAUGAACAAAAUCAAACAGAAAAUAAGAAAGAUAUAGAAAAUAUGGAAAUUCAAAAUAAAAAUAUAAAUGAUACAAUCAUUAACAAUAAUAAAACAAUGGACCUAAAAAAUGAUGAUCAUAAUAAAAUCAAACAUAUCAAAAGUAGUGAACAGUGCAAAGAAAUUCAACAAAAUAAUUAUAAUAUUAUUAAUAAUAAUAAUAAUAAUAAUAAUAAUAAUAUUAAUAAUAUUAAUAAUAAUAAUAAUAAUAAUAAUAACCUUCAUAUAUAUCAUCUUCAUAAUAAUGACGAUUUAUUGAAUCAAAGCAAUAAUUACAAAAAAGACAAACAACAUAAAAACACACCUUUCUAUAUGAUCGAUAAACAGAUGGAUAAUAUUAUUAAUACUUGCAUUCAAGUAUACUAUCAUAUGAAAAACUUUGUUCAUAGAAAUAAAGAAACUAACUUUAUUAGAAUAAACAAAUGUAAUUUUAUAGACACAUUAAUUAUGUUCUAUAUUUUAUUAAAGAACAAACUAAAUUAUAAAAACAAACAAUUAUAUAUGUUUAAAAUGGGACUAAAAAAAAUUGAAGAUAUCUUCCAAAAUUAUAAUAAUAUAAAAAUCGAAAUCGAAAAUAUUAAUUCAUCCAUAUUACAAAUGAAUAACAGUAUUAAAAAAUUAAAUGAAGACAUUGAAAAAAAUUCUUUAAACCUUAUUGAAUUAGAAGAAAACUUAAAUUCAAAUAAAAAAAUAUUAAAUAAAAUUACUAACGAUACAGAUGAAAUGAUGGAAAAAAAAAAUGAAUCUGAAAAAUUAAUUGAAGAAGAAUGUAUUAAUAUAAUUUUCAAAAUACAAAAUGUAGAAAAUAAUGAUAUCAAAAAUAUAUUAAAAAAUAAUUAUCCAGAUGUUAUACAUAUUCAUAUAUCUAUCAUGAUUAAUACACUUAUAAGGAAUUCAUUUCUAAAUGAUAAUAAUGAUAAUUGGAAUUAUUUUAAAAAUUUCUUGUCAAAAGAUAAUUUUUCAAAGACAUUCUUUAAUUUUAAAAAAGAAAAUGUAACAGAUAAACAAAUAAAACGAAUCAAAGAAUAUAUGAACAAAGAUGAAGUUGUUUAUAAUACAAAAAGGAUAUAUCAAAUGAAUAAUCUUUUUACAUAUCUUUUUGAAUGGAUUAUUUUUAUAAUAAAAUAUAAAGAACAUUACAAAGAUAUGUGUAAUAUAAAUGAAAUUAUAUCAUCAAAUAAUAUACAAAAAGAAAAAUAUGAAAUAGAAAAUAAUAUUUUAUUAGAACAAAUCAUAUCAAAUAAAACAUCUAUUGUUAAUAAUAAAAAUCAAAUAAAUAAUAAAACAGAAAUAAUAGACACAUUAAAUAAAAAAUUAAAUAUUAUUAAUAAAUUAUAUUUACCAUAUUUAGAUAUUAAACCAUUUCUACAAAAAAUACAAAAAAAAUAUAUAUAUACAAUAAAUAAAAUUAUAAAUAAUUAUAAAUAUAUCAUAUCUGAAAUUUUAUUAUAUUCAUUCUUUCUAAAUUAUUCUUCAUCUUUUAAUUAUAAAUAUAGAUCUUAUUUAAUCAAUACAUGGAAAUAUAUAAUCAAAAACAAUAAUAUUACAAUCAAACAUAAUAUUAAUAUAGAACAAAUAUAUACAUCUGAUACAAUCAUAUCAUUAUUUUUAUCAAAUAAUUUUCCAAGACAUAUAUUCUAUGUUCAAAAUGCAUUAAUAUCAUUUAAUCAUUUUAGAUGGCCUCUACUAAUAGAUAUACAAAAUAUUGGUCUACAAUGGUUGAAAAAAAGUUUUACAAAUAAUCUAGUAAUACAUAAUUUUGAUAAUAAUUUAACUAAACAUCUUGAUAUGUGUAUUAUAUAUGGAAAAAUACUUGUCAUACAAUAUUUUAAUUUUCAAAAUAUAUAUAUAUAUGAUAAAAAAUAUCAUCAGACAUUUAAUACUAAUAAUCAUUCUAUACAUGAUCAUUUUAAAAAUAUAAGACAAAACCAUUUCUCUAAAAAAAAAAUUAUUAAAAAUAAACAUAUUCAACUUAAUUCCAACUAUUCAAUAAUAGAACCUUUAUUGGAGCGAAAAAAAAAACUCGAAUACAAUAGAGAGUUUAAAUUAUUCCUUGUUAGCGAUACAAACGACAGAUAUUUUCAAGAUAUAGAAGACUAUGUUAAUAUAAUAAAUUUUCAAAUAGAUAAACAUCUAAUUAUAAACAAAGUUAUCAACAUUAUAUUUAAACAUGAAGAAGAAAAGAAGGUUCUAAAUUUUAACACAAAAAUUAAAAACUAUUAUGAAACUAAACAAACAUUAAAAUUUUUAGACGAUGGAAUGAUAAUCGAAUUAUGUUCUUUCAAUAAUGUUGUUAGUAUAAAUAACAACACCAAUACGAUUAAUAAUAAUAUGAACAACAACAAUAUUGAUAAUAAUAAUAAUAAUAAUAAUAUGGAUAACAAUAACAACAUUGAUAACAAUAACAAUAACAAUAUCCAUAAUAAUAACAUCAAUAAUAAUAAUAAAAAUCUUAUUAAUGCUAUUAAUAAUAAUGCUCUUAAAAAAAUAGAAAUUAAAAAAUUAUUAAAAGAAUAUCAACAAGAAAUAAUCAAAAUAAAUGAUUCAUCUAAAAAUAUUAAAUAUCUAGGUUAUAGAUUUCAUUCGAUAUAUAAAAUAUUAUUAUUAUUAUCACAAAUAAAAUCCAUAUAUUAUUUUAAUUUUAAUUAUUUAUUAAAUAUAUUAAACCAUCUUAUUAAAAAUAUUAAUAAGAAAAUGUUAAUAUGUAAUUUUAAUCAGUUAAUCAAAAAAUUUACACAUAAUUGUUUUCUAUUCAUAUUAAAUUCCAUAAACAAAAAAGACAGAUUAUUCUUUUUAUUCAUAUUCUAUACAUCAUUAAUAUUUGAACAACAAAAAUUAAAUUAUAUAGAACAACAAAAAGAAGAUGAUAAUAUUAAAUCUAAUAAAAUAGAAAAAUAUACAUAUUAUUCUUUAUUCAUAAAAAUGAAUAAUCUAUAUAAUAUAAACAUAAAUAUAAAUACAUUAAAUAAUAUUGAAUGGCUAAAUAUAAAAAAAAAGACACAACUCUUAUUUAUAUCAAAUGAAUAUAACAACCUUCAAAUAUUAAUCAAUGAUAUGCAAAAUAAUACUAUUGAAUAUUUUAAUUGGUAUAAACAAACAAAACCAGAAGAAAAUCUUUUUUUUCUUAAAAAAAUACAAUUAAAUACAUUAGAAAUUAUAUUAUUUAUUUAUAUUAUGCGCAAAGAUAGAUUAUUUUAUUAUAUAUAUUCACAAUUAAAAAAUUAUCUAGAUCUAACAGAAUCAUUGACCUUUUGUCUCUCAAGCGAUUUAAAUUAUGUAGAUACAAAAACAUUUCUAUAUAUUACAGAGCCAAAUCAUUCUUAUGAUUAUAUAUUAUCAAAAUGUAACAUUAAUAAAAAUAAAAAUAAUACUAAUUAUAAUACAAGUCAUAGUACAAAUAAAACUAAUACUACUACAAAUAAUAAUAAUAAUAAUAAUAUUACAACUAGUAGUUAUAUUCAUAAUAAUAGUAGCUCUUUAAAAACUCUUAGUGUUGGUAAUAAUUUUAAUAAUGAUAUUCAAAUAUCCAUUGAAACUUCCUUACAAAACGGGAAAAAAUUAUUAUUAGAAAAUUUCCAUUUAAUUAAUUUUAAUAUAGAUAAAUUUUAUGAAAUAUAUAAUAACAAAAAAAUUCAUUCAAAUUUUCAAUUAAUCUUAACAUCAGAAAAAUAUUUAUCUCUUUCUAUAAUUAAAAAAGCUAUUAAAAUUUAUGCACAUAAAGAACAAUUUUUGAAAACAUUCUUUUUAGAUUUUUUUAUUUAUGUACACAAUAUAUAUAAACAAAAAUUAAAAAAUAAUUUUUUCAACUCUUUCCUAUUUUCAUUAGCAUUUUUUCAUACCAUAUUAAUAUGUAGAUGCAAUUACAAUAACUACGGAUUUGAUCAUUUUUAUUAUUUUGAUAAUAAAGAUUUUGAAACAACAUUUGAUUCUUUAAUAUAUUAUUUUAAUUUAAUUCAACAGAAAAAUGUUAUAACUAAUCUCUCCGAUGUGCAUCAGAUGGAUUCCCAAUAUUUUAAUCAGGCGUCCAUAGCUGACCAACUUGAAACAAAGGAGGUGAAUAUAAACUGGAAAUUCGUAAAAGAUAUUAUCCUCAAUAUAUAUUCAAGCAAAAUCAAGCACACAGACAGGAAUAUUAUAAAAAGCUAUAUCAACGAAUAUUUUAAUGAAUAUUCAUUUAAUGAGAAAAAUGAGUUCAUUUUCUCGGUUGAUGAAUCAUAUAAAUAUAAAUUCUUACUAAACCGUUCUAUCAAAGAAUAUAUCAAUUUAAUUAAGAGCUACCCUUUUUUCAAUAGCUGCAAAACAUAUGGAAUGAAAAUUGAAGCCGAUAAAAAGAAAGAUGAAGAGCAAAAUAAAAAUCUCCUCAACAAUUUAAACAAAAUUUGUCAAGAUGAAAUUUUAAUAUACGAGAAAGAAUAUAACGACAAAGAUAUUUUCUUUAAUCUUGACAGUGACUAUUAUUCAAGCUCCUUUCUAAAUUCUGAUAGUACAGAUGUUCUUAAAAUAAAAGAUCUUAAUGUAAAUGAAAAGGAUCUAGACAUCACAAAAAUAAACAAUACAGAAACAAAUGAAUAUAUUGUAAAUAAUGAGAACAAUAAUUUUGUAAAUAUUAAUAAAGACAAUAAUGAUAUUAAAACUUUGGAAAAAAUAUUUAAAUAUACUUAUACAAAUAAUAUAAAAAAUAGUAUAUAUAAUAACUAUCAUUAUUAUGAUCUAAUUUAUGACGAGAAUUUAUUAAAUAUGGACUUUAUGAAGAAUAUAAAAAAGAUGAAUGAAUUUUAUGAAUUACUUAAAAAACUUAAAUUGUUGUUUAAAGAUAACCUUAACAUAAAUUCAGAAUGGCAUAAAAAUAAUAUGACAACAAUACAAUUAUGUUGUAAAAAAGAAACAAAAAUAUUUAAAGAAAUUACAAAUAAUCUCUAUUCAGAUAUAAUACAAAUAGAACAACAACUAAAUAAAAAUAAGAAAAAAUUGGAUAUACAUACAAAAAUUAUUAUGAUCUUUCUAUCAUUAAAUAAAAUACCACCACAAUGGGCUAUAUAUUUUAAUAAAAAAAUAAAAUAUGUAAAUAAUUUUAUAACCUAUUUUGAAAAUAUAAAAGAACAAUUAUAUUUCUGGAAUAUUACAGGCGAACUCAAAUUUUAUAAUAUACAAUAUCUAUUUUAUCCUACCGAAUUUUUUAAAGCUUUAUUAAUUAAAUAUAGUUUUAUAUAUCAAAAAAAUAUUAAAGAUUGUAUUUUUAUAUGCAAAACUAAUAAUAAAUCUGAUUCAAAUAAAAAGGAAAAUGUACAUACACAAAAAAAUAUUUACUAUAGUAGUGAUGAAGAUACAGAAUAUGUUUCAAACCAAAUAAAUUAUUCUAAUUAUGUUCAUUAUGAUAUGGACAUAUAUACUGAUGUAGAUAUUGUGGGGAUAUAUACCCUGAAUAACAAUUUUGAUUGUUUUGGAAUCAAGUCCAAAAAUAACAAGAAAUACGAUCAAUUACCCAUAAUAACAUUAACUGUUAUUGAGAAGAAGGAAAAAAAUAUAUUAAAAGAUAAAAAAAUACCUCUCUAUCAAAACAAAUAUAAUAAAAAAUUAAACAAAAACAAAAAUAAUAAGUUUAUAACAUAUUUGUAUUUUAAAUCGGACAAACAUAAGUCCUUCAUAUAUAUAAAUAAAAUAUACUUAUUUAUAUAUAACUAA